UCUAUAUUAUAUUCUCUCUCUGUUUCAACGGGCGAGGAUUUUUCGAAACAAAAGCACUUUUGGUUUUUGUGUUUUGGCAAAGAGAGACGUUUCCUUUUCUUCGCCCUUUGGCUCAAAAGGAUCAGUUUCUGUUUAUCUAUCUUUCUCUCUGUUUCUCGAUGAGCUCUACUGCGAUUCCCGCCACUUCCUUAUGAGCAGAGAUGUGUUGAUAGAAUAAAGAAAUGAGUGAGGUGAAGAUAGAGGAGUGUUGCCUUGAAAAUAAGCAAUUAACAGCGGCUUCAAGCUCAUCCAUAUCUGAAGGAAGUGGCAGUGCUAUUCUCAAGUCUCCGGGAGUAUCCAGUCCUGCAACAGCUUCACCUACUCAUAGAAUUUGGAUUUUCAGGAGAACCACUGGGCCAAUAAGGCGAGCAAAAGGUGGCUGGACUCCAGAGGAGGAUGAGACGUUAAGAAAUGCUGUUGCUGCUUUCAAGGGGAAAAGUUGGAAGAAAAUAGCCGAGUUUUUCCCUGAUAGAUCAGAAGUACAAUGUCUACAUAGAUGGCAGAAGGUUCUUAAUCCUGAUCUAGUUAAAGGACCUUGGACCCAAGAGGAGGAUGAUAAAAUUACUGAACUGGUAGCAAAAUAUGGACCAACAAAGUGGUCUGUCAUAUCAAAGUCUUUACCCGGUCGCAUAGGGAAACAAUGCCGAGAAAGGUGGCACAAUCAUUUGAAUCCUGAUAUAAAGAAGGAUGCUUGGACACUAGAGGAGGAGUUGGCACUCAUGAAUGCCCAUCGGAUACAUGGGAACAAGUGGGCUGAAAUAGCCAAGGUUUUGCCUGGAAGGACUGAUAACUCUAUAAAAAAUCAUUGGAAUAGUUCCUUGAAGAAAAAAUUAGAUUUCUAUUUGGCUACUGGGGAACUUCCUCCAGUUGUAAAGAGUGAUAUUGUUUUUCCUUCACGGAAACUUCCGUCAGUUGCAAAGAAUGGAAUCCAGAAUGGAACUAGAGAUACGAAUAAACCUGCUGUCACCAAGACAAGCAAAGAAUCAGAUUCAACUGCUCAAACAUCAUCAGGAACUACUGAUGCAUGUAAGCUAGAAGAAGAUGGCAAGGAUCAAUUGGAGUCUUUAGCUCUGGUGAGAGAUAUGGCAGCUUCAUCAAGUGUUUUCCCAAAUGAGUCUGCUGAUUCUGAAGGUGUGGAAUGUACACAUUCAUUUGUUGCGGAUCUUAGUUGUUGUGAUUCGGAGGCACUACCAAAAUGUGAGAAUUAUGGAAUCAACUAUGAAACUAAUGAAGAAAAAGUAUUUGGGUCUCAAUUGCAGUUUGAAACAUCUACUUACGGUUCUUUGUAUUAUGAACCACCACAAUUAGAAACUUGUACUCCAAUAAAUUUGGAUCCUUCAGUUAUGCAUCAAGUGCAGCAUGAAUACAGUUCUAGCCCAAUUUCUUCUCCCAUUAGUUUCUUCACUCCACCUUGUGUGAAGAGUAGUAAUUUAAGAGCCCAAAGCCCUGAAUCUAUAUUGAGAAUUGCUGCUAAGAGCUACCCCAACACUCCAUCCAUAUUUCGAAAGCGAAAGACUGGAAGUCAAGUGCACCUGCUUCCUAGUAAAAUUGGGAAAGUAGGUCAAGAAUCUAUUGAGGACAGGUUACAGAGAAGAACUGAGUAUACUCCAGAAAAGGCUGGUUCUCAAAAGGGAAAUUUACAUGACAGUCCUCAUCCAGAUGAUAGCACUUCCUUGCCUAAUGGUAAAGCCUUUAAUGCAUCUCCUCCAUAUAGGUUGAAAUCCAAACGAACUGCUGUUUUCAAGUCCGUAGAGAGGCAACUUGAGUUCACUUUUGACAAGGAGAGAUGUGACACCACCAAAUCUGUGAAUGGGAGCUCUCUUAUUACCGAAGAUUGUGCUCGUGCUACAAAGAUGGGAGUGACCUAAAGUAUAUCAUGGAUGCAAAAUGGGGCAUAUUUUCAAGGACUGGCUGAUAGUUUCCUCUUAGUGGUAAUUGAAUUUCCAACAUCAUAAGAAGCUGUUUCAACAGUGAUGAGUCUCAUUCAUGUGCUGUAUCAAUGUGCACUUGUUUCUUCCGUGCCAGUCCAGUCAAUCAUCUUGCAGAUUCUUACACCUCUUGGUUUUUCACGUAUAUGGAGACUCUUCCAUUAUACCAUCAAUGAGAAAAAGCUGUGCACGACAUGUAGAAUAAGAGAUGAUAGAUCCCAAGUACUUGCGGAUAAAUAAUCAAGUGUAACAGCUUUGUACAGACGCCCCCUUUUUAAGACAAGAACUGAUACUGAGAAAAUUUCAAAUCAGAAGAGCUUCUCUUUUCGUAAGUAUAGUAAGCAGCGCUACACGUGCAACACUUCCUGUAGAAUUAGGUGUUCUUUGUUUUUUGUUUCUUUGCUGACAAGGAUGGCAUUUUAAUUGUAGUCAAUCAGGGCUCAUUGUUAUACUAUAGUCAUAAUCAGGAAGUUUAAUAUUUGUUUCUAUUUCUUGCCUCUGUAAUAUUGCAGAUCUUCUGGGAAAAUAGUAAUGCAGUUCAGAAAGUUUUUUGA